AUGGAGAUUGCAAAGACUUUGACAAGGGGGACACAUGAGCACAGGUAUGCGGUGCUUGAUGCGAACCGUUAUAUGCUUCGUUCUGCAAAUCCAGGAAGUAAGACGGCAUUGAGGGUUGAUGAAAAUGGGAAGUUCAAGUACUUUUUUGUAGCCUAUAAGGCUUGGAUGCUUGGUUUUGCUCAAAUGAAAAAAGUCAUAGCUGUCGAUGGGACAUUCUUAAGGAGCAAGUACGAAGGAGUGUUGUUGUCAGCAAUCGCACAAGAUAUGAAGAAUCAUAUUUUUCCAGUGGCAUUUUGUGUAGUGGACAAGGAGUGUGAUGCUUCGUACAAAUAUUUUUUUGAACAAAUGAGAAGCUAUAUAGAGGAUACCCCUGAGUUGUGCAUAAUUUCUGAUAUACAUCCAAGUAUCAAAAAGGCGAUUUCAAUUGUCUUCCCUACAUGUCAUUAUGGUUUUUGCAUGAGGCACCUAGGGGAAAAUCUGAGAACCACCUUUCAUAAUGGGGCAGUUGUAUCUCAAUUUUAUAAAGCAGCAAAAGCGUACAAUAUUGAUGUCUUCAAUGACCAUUUCAAUCAAAUCAGAGAUUUGGUUCCUAGGGUCGCCGAACAUCUUAAACGUGCUGGAUUCCACAGAUGGAGCAGGGCAUUCUGCCUCGGAAAUAGGUAUAAUUUUAUGACGACAAACGCUGCUGAGUCGGUGAACUCAAUGUUCAAUGUUGAAAGAGAAUUUCCCAUUACUGCUCUAUUUGAUUCCAUAAACAGGAGGUUUACUGAGAAAUUUCAUGAGAGGCGUAUGGAGUUCAUCGACUCACCAACCAUCUUUGUUCCCUUAAUGGAAAAAAAAUAUCAAAAUUUGUCAACUUGGGUAAUAAGUUAUUGGCCCAUCAAAUUGCCAACUACAAGUUCGAAGCUCAUCGGCCACGAUUCGGGCUACGCAACCGCCGAUUCGUUAAGAAGAUCUUGUACUUGUAGAGUUUUUGACACGGACAAAAUACCUUGCCCACAUGCUAUGGCGCGCUUUCGAGUCCAAUAUAGUGAAGACUUUGGAAGGCGAAUUUAUGACUACUCAUCUCCAUAUUAUAGGGUGGAGAAUUAUAUAAUUGCAUACUGUGAGGAAAUGAAUCCCGUGCCUUCUGAAGAAUCUUGGGAAGUUCCUAUAGAGAUUUUAAAGAGAGAAAUACCUCCUUCACAUGUUAAUCCGAGCAAACCGGGAAGAAAACGGACAAAGAGGAGGCAUGGAAUCGGGGAAUCACUUGCAACGAGGAAAAACAAAUGCUCCAUAUGCAAAACAGCUGGCCAUAAAAAAACUACAUGCCCAAACCGAAUUAUUCUCUAG